GAACCCAAUGGUAACCGGGACGUCAGUUCUUGGUGUGAAGUUUACAGGCGGCGUCAUCAUCGCCGCUGACAUGUUAGGCUCCUAUGGCUCUUUGGCGCGAUUCAGGAACAUCUCUCGACUCAUGAAGGUGAAUGAUAAUACUAUUUUGGGGGCAUCAGGAGACUACGCGGACUACCAGUAUCUCAAGCAAGUCAUUGAGCAGAUGGUGAUCGAUGAGGAACUGCUUGGUGACGGCCACAGCUACAGUCCAAAAGCCAUCCACUCCUGGUUGACCAGAGUGAUGUACAACCGCCGCAGCAAGAUGAAUCCUCUGUGGAACACCGUUGUCCUUGGAGGUUUCUACAACGGAGAAAGUUUCCUGGGUUAUGUGGACAAGUUGGGCGUGGCCUAUGAAGCUCCAACAGUGGCUACUGGUUUUGGAGCUUACCUUGCUCAGCCUCUGAUGAGAGAAGUGGUCGAAAACAAGGCUGACAUCACUAAGCAGGAGGCGAGGGACCUGAUCGAGCGCUGCCUUAAAGUGCUGUACUACAGAGAUGCUCGGUCCUACAACAGGCAUGAGAUCGCCAUUGUAACCGAACAGGGGGUGGAAAUAAUUGGUCCUUUGUCUUCUGAAACCAACUGGGACAUUGCUCACCUGAUCAGCGGAUUCGAAUGAACUUCCAGCCUGUCUCAUCUUUCCAUCAACACAAUAAAUAACCUGCAGUUUAUCAAGUUUAGUUUCUUUUUGUUGGUUCACUUUGUAUAAUGAAAAAUAAAUGUAAUAACAUAAAAA